CAUUAAACCAAAAAGAAGAUGUCACUAUAUGAUGAUCUGGGAGUGGAAACCAGUGACUCAAAAACAGAAGGCUGGUCCAAAAACUUUAAGCUUCUGCAGUCUCAGCUUCAGGUGAAGAAGGCAGCUCUCACUCAGGCAAAGAGCCAAAGGACAAAACAAAGUACUGUCCUUGCUCCAGUCAUUGACUUAAAGCGAGGUGGCUCUGCAGACGACAGGCAGAUUGUGGACACACCACCGCAUGUUGCAGCGGGCCUGAAGGACCCUGUUCCCAGUGGGUUUUCGGCAGGAGAAGUUCUUAUUCCUUUAGCUGACGAAUACGAUCCUAUGUUUCCUAAUGACUAUGAGAAAGUAGUGAAGCGCCAAAGAGAGGAACGACAGAGACAGCGGGAGCUGGAGAGACAGAAGGAAAUAGAAGAAAGGGAAAAGAGGCGUAAAGACAGACAUGAAGCUAGUGGGUUUUCAAGGCGACCAGAUCCAGAUUCUGAUGAAGAUGAAGAUUAUGAGCGGGAGAGGAGAAAAAGAAGUAUGGGAGGAGCUGCUAUCGCACCACCUACUUCUCUUGUAGAGAAAGACAAAGAGUUACCCCGAGAUUUUCCUUAUGAAGAGGACUCAAGACCUCGAUCACAGUCUUCCAAAGCUGCUAUUCCUCCCCCAGUAUAUGAGGAACAGGAUAGGCCAAGAUCUCCAACUGGGCCCAGCAACUCCUUCCUUGCUAACAUGGGUGGCACAGUAGCACAUAAGAUCAUGCAGAAGUAUGGCUUCCGGGAAGGCCAGGGUCUGGGGAAGCACGAGCAGGGGCUGAGCACCGCGUUGUCGGUGGAGAAGACCAGCAAACGGGGCGGCAAGAUCAUUGUGGGUGAUGCCACCGAGAAGGGUGAGUCUCAAGAUGCAUCAAAGAAGUCGGAUUCAAAUCCAUUAACUGAAAUACUUAAAUGUCCUACUAAAGUAGUCCUACUGAGGAACAUGGUUGGUGCAGGAGAAGUUGAUGAAGACUUGGAAAUUGAAACCAAGGAAGAAUGUGAAAAAUACGGCAAAGUUGGCAAAUGUGUGAUAUUUGAAAUUCCUGGUGCCCCUGAUGAUGAAGCAGUACGAAUAUUUUUAGAAUUUGAGAGAGUUGAAUCAGCAAUUAAAGCUGUUGUUGAUCUGAAUGGGAGGUAUUUUGGUGGACGGGUGGUAAAAGCGUGUUUCUACAAUUUGGAUAAAUUCAGGGUCUUGGAUUUGGCAGAACAAGUUUGAUUUUAAGAACUAGAGUCAUCUCCGAGAUCCUUAAAUGAGCUGCGGACUGAGCAAAGACAAUGAUCCUUAAAAGAUCUGUGUUCUGAGCAGAGAUGGGCAAAGCUGGUGAAUACUGGGACUGCUGGUGGGACUUCUGAUAUAUAUGUUGAUUGAUCCCUUUUUUAUUUUAUGAUUUUUUAAAUAUAGUAUAAAAAUCCUUUAAAAAAAA